AUGAACUGGACAGGAGGUCGGUUGCAACGGCAUUCGAACAAUCGCUCCAGCAAUCUCGCUAGAAAUCAGAAGCAGAAGUUUGCAAAAUCAAGACUGAGGAGCACAAAAGAUUCUCGACAGGCUCCAUCGCUCAUUGAAUUCGCCACUUUUGGAACAUCGCUUAAGGCAAAGUCCACUGGAGACGAGACUCAGAGGCAUGGAUUGGCUAGUCAGGUAGGAUUCUUGCUCCUCGAACCCGAGGAUUGUGUGGCUCCAUGGCGGACUACGGCCAAUCCCUCCCCGUCACGGUUGGCUAGGGAUUCUUCAGUCUGUUCUGACCAAGUGAAUAACUCACAGUCGCCCGAUAUCAUAGAACAUAUCAAGCGUCAGUUACUAGAAACAACAGACUGGGCUGCUGUCGGAGCUGCAAGACCUCUCAAGAUCUCGUUCACACCAGUCGAAGAGGUCGAGCACUUUGGCAAAAGACGAAGAUUAACCGAGGCCGACCGAACGAGAAUAACUGCCGUGGAAAACAGCGCUGUGCCAUCUGACUUUAUCAAGUCUCGCAGGGCUCCUCGACAGAAUAUAACGUCGGAUCGACUUAGGAUUGAAGAUUUAGAGAUUAAGAUAAAUGGACGGCGAUGCCAUGCUGGCGAAGACAUUCUCAAAGAGCGUCACGAGAACUUUUCUUCACAACCAAUGCUCCUUGAUAGAGAUGUAUCAGUCCGUCCCGACCAAGGCUCGGAUCCGUCAGUACAGCCAUACAGUGACGCCAAGGCAUGGAGCGCAAGGGAAGACUCGGUUGACAGAUCAUUAUAUUGUCAGAAGAAAUCAGAAAAUCCUAAGUCGUCUAUACAUUCUAUGACCACCUCACGAUCUCAUCUCUCUGAAGCUGCCAUCCCGGAUCGGAUACCAUCCAGCAGGAACCACAGUGGCCUGAUCCAAACACCCGGGUUUCUGGGUCAGGAUUUUGGAGCGUCAAUCUCGACGCCCUGGAGGCACCAUGACAGCAACAAAGUCCAUCAAUCAUCCGGGUCAAUCAUCCAAAAUCGCUUCACAAUUGACGAUCAGAUAGCUGCCGAGAAGGGAAUGUGCUCCAAUGAUGAGACAAUGGUAAGGACACGUCCACGUCCCGAUCGCCAUCGAGGCCCGCAGCUUGAGCAGCGUCCGUUUUCACAGUCCUCAAAAUAUUCACUCUCCCUCGAUCAAUCAUUCGGUCAUCAUGAACAUGAACGUGCAGCGGCAGUCACGCGGUCACCUUCUGGAUGGCUUCCAGAGCCAAGGUGCAGUAUACGACGGCCAUUGAACCAGAAGGUCAACCCUCUUUAUCCAUUGGGGCCAGUUAUUCAGAAAGACACUCCUUGUGGAAAUUCACGGACUAGAGAGUAUACAUCACCGAUGGUGAUAAUCGGCCAACCUAUAGAUAUUGCAGGGGAUCAAGCAAGUAAUGGAACAACAGACUGGAUGUCGACUCCGUGGAACUCUGCAGUCAAGGAACCGAAAAUUACUUCAUUAACAGAGGACAGUCACGCGACAUCGAUCUAUGGAUUUGCCAGCCAAAGUCCGGACAAUCCAACGGACACCCAAGGCUCCUCACGGGUCAGUCACACGGGUAUUGGUGAUGAUGGACGAAUCAAUGUAAUCGAUAGAAUUUACACAGGGACUCCAAGUUUUAGCGACAGCAACCCUGGAUCCACUAGUCGGGUGACUUGA